UCUAGCCAAGAAUCGAUGUACCGACUACCAACCUACUUAGACCUAUUGGACCAUUGAAUUGGAUCAUAACAUAUUUUGCUCUCCAAGAGUAAAGACAACCACUUAACUACUAAUAAAUUAAUCUCAUGAAAUAAUUCAAUAUUUACCUCCUACAGUAGGUAAUUAAUUGUGAAUUGUUACAAAAUAGUUUGAAUGUUAAAAUGUGUGGUGGUAGUUUGAGUUUGGUUGUGUUUUACCUGUUUAUAACAUUCUUGAGAAUUGGUAGCGAAGCACAAGAAAUAAAAGGUUCCUCGACAAACUUCCGGCGACACCAAAUAGUGCAGCCAGUGCUGCAUCAUGGCAGGACGAAGAGAGAGAUCACGUCUACAAGGCACAAGGAAGGUAUGCAUCAUCCAGAGGUCACGCUGACGUUAAAUAUCGACGGGGAAGAACAUAUCCUGGAUUUGGAAUUGAAUAAAGAUUUGCUAGCAGGAGGCCAUACGAUAAGCUAUCAGAAAAAUGGGUCGAUAGUGACGUACGAGCCAAGCAUUGAGGAGCUCGAUAUAUGCCAGUACUCUGGCAACGUGAGGGGCAAGAAGGACUCAUGGGUGGCGUUGUCGACCUGCCAUGGCGUGAGGGGGGUUAUAUAUGACGGCAACCAAAUGAGAUACAUUGAACCAGCACAAAUCGUAGAUAUGGAGAUUGGUUUUAAACACUUCAUCUACGACCAUUCGGAUUUAACGACGAAGUUCCCCUGCGGUCAUAACGCGGAUGUGGCAAAUGACACGGAGUACAAUCCUGAACUUGGGAAGAGGCAUCUUAUUGAACAAAGCAAAGAAUGGAAUAGAUCUAACCGGUACAAACGCGAUACAUCCGAGUAUACGGAGAUCAGAGGUCCUUUCAACGUGAACAACCAAUCAAGAUUCGUGGAGUUGGUGCUAAUAGCUGAUUAUGAAACAUACAUUAACAGCGGGUGGAACAUACAUACAGUGCACCAACAGAUGAAGGACGUCGCCAAUAUCAUCAACUCACUGUUCGCACCGCUGAAUAUUUUCAUAGCGCUUGUAGGCGUUGAGGUAUGGACAGAGCACAACAAAAUAAGCAUAGUAGAGGAUGGCGAUACUACCCUAACGAACUUCUUGAGGUACAGGAGAGAAAUACUCAACAAACAAAUACCUAAUGACAAUGCGCAUUUGCUGACGAUGAACAAAUUCAAUGAUGGCGUUCUCGGGAAAUUCUUAAAAGGACCAAUUUGCACUUCCCAAUACUCUGGUGGUGUAGCCGUCAACCACUCAGAGGUUAUUGGAUUGGUGGCUACAACUAUGGCUCACGGGUUGGGGCACAACUUCGGAAUGCUACAUGACACUGAGUUUGACUGCGACUGUCCUGACGAGAAGUGCAUUAUGAGUCCUGUUGUUGGAUUCGUUGCUCCAACACGUUGGUCUGACUGCAGUCGUAGAUCACUGGCCCUUUCUUUUGAACGUGGGAUGGAUCAUUGUUUACGAAACAAGCCAAAGAGUCUGUUCGACUCACCAACAUGUGGUAACGGUUUUGUGGAGCCGGGCGAGCAGUGCGACUGUGGCUUGACCCCCGACCCCGCAUGCGCUGCCUGCUGCCAUCCGCUGACCUGUGAGCUGCGCAGCAACGCUACUUGCGCUUCUGGGGAGUGCUGCGAUACGCUGACAUGCCAGCCCAAGUCAGCGGGCACGGAGUGUCGGUCGGCAGACGGCGAGUGCGAUCUGCCCGAGUUCUGCACCGGACGUUCAGAGUUCUGUCCGAAGGAUGUGUUCAAGAUGGAUGCCACGCCGUGUUCUAACGAUCAGGCAUACUGCGUGGACGGCUCAUGCAGCACGCAUACCGACCAGUGCAGAUUGCUGUGGGGCUCCACGGGGUUGAAUGCUCAUCGCAAGUGCUACGAACUCAACCGCAAGGGUGACAGGAAGGGCAACUGUGGUUACGACCGAUCCACGGCGCAAUACCAACGCUGCGCGACUCAGGACGAGCUGUGCGGUCUAAUGCAGUGUAGACACCUGAGCGAUCGAUUAGAGUACGGCACGGAGUCUGUAUCCAUACUUUCCCAAACAUUUAUAAAUUAUAAUGGUUCUAUAUUACCCUGCCGUACGGCCAUAGUCGACUUGGGGACGCAGGACGUUGAUCCGGGCAUGGUCCCCGAUGGCGCCAAGUGCGGGGAAGAGAAGAUGUGCUUGAAACAAAAGUGUGUGUCAGUAACCGACGUCCGCGCGCUGAUGGCGCGUCGCGAGUCCUCCGUUUGUCCGUCUGACUGUUCCGGACAUGGCGUCUGUAACUCUGAAGGUCACUGUCACUGCGACGUCGGCUUCGCGCCUCCCCUCUGCGUGCCGGUCGGCGGCGGCUCCGUCGACUCCGGCCCAGCCACCAAACCAAUACUAUUUUAACGUUUAAAUCUAUAGAGCGCACUAUGACUUAAGAGGGGUCUCUCCGUCACUCACUUCAUACAAACGUAGUUUAAAUUUCAUUUGAAUAUUAAGC